CUCUAGUCUCAACUCACGUCUCUCUAUUCAAACUGUUUUUCUCUCAUUCUCUUCCUCCAAUUAUACCUUACAUUUUAAAUUUUAGUGGGAGAACCAAUUUUAUCUAAUUUACUCAUUAAUCCGAAUUUCUUCAUUUAUUUUUCUUGUCAAUUUUAAUUUUUAUUAAAAAACCCCUAGAUAUUUUCUUUCUUCACGUCUCUCUUUUUCCUGUGUCUCCUGUUUAAGAAGAUCACUUUUAUUGGGAUUUUAUUCAUGGAAUUUCCGUUUGUUUUCUGCAUGUAAAUGAUCUUCAACUUUCUCCCAUUUGUAUGCAGUCUUACUAACUUCAUCAGCUUCCAUUUUCGUUGACCUUUUUGGUUUAUUGUACGAUGGGUCAGCGUGCUGAAGAUUCCGUUUUAGGCCCUUGGAAGAUUCCAACAACACUUAAGCCUCUGGAAAUGGGAACUAGUGCGUGGAAUAGGCGUCCCAACUCUAUGUAUCAUACCUCAAGUGAUGUAUCAUUAUUCUCGAGCUCUUUGCCCGUCCUUCCUCAUGAAAAGUUAAGCAUCAAUGAUCCUGAAAAUGGCCGGAAAGCUAUUGAUGAUGCCACAGAAAGCUUGAAUCAAGUGGACCCAGAUGUCGAAGGAAAUGAUUUACUUGACGAUGAUAUCAUAAACCAUACAGUCGGCUUUGUUUUACCUGGCGAUGAAGAUGAACUCUUUGCUGAUAUAGCAAAUGAUUAUGAUUUUACUACUGUGACUAACCAAAUGGAUGAUUUAGGGGAUGGUGAUGUUUUUGAUAAUUUGGGAGGUAUGGAGCUAGAAAAUGAUGUUCAGGAUAACUUGAGCUUAGAUAUGUCGAUGGUCAGCCUCUCUGAUGGCAUGAUUGGUAACGGAAUGAUUCAUUAUGGCCCUCCAAAUGGUAUGGGAACUAUUGCUGGAGAACAUCCGUAUGGGGAACACCCUUCUCGGACUUUAUUUGUUCGUAAUAUAAAUAGCAAUGUCGAGGACUCUGAAUUAAGAAGCCUUUUCGAGCAAUAUGGCAAUAUCCGAACUCUGUAUACAGCAUGCAAGCACAGAGGCUUUGUGAUGAUUUCUUAUUACGACAUUCGCGAUGCGAGAGCAGCCAUGCGGGGUUUACAGAAUAAGCCAUUGCGGCGGAGGAAACUUGACAUACACUUUUCCAUUCCUAAGGAUAACCCAUCUGAGAAGGAUAUCAAUCAGGGAACACUAGUGGUCUUUAAUCUGGAUCCAUCGGUUUCCAACGAGGAACUGCGCCUGAUUUUUGGGGCUUAUGGAGAAGUCAAAGAGAUAAGGGAGACACCGCAUAAGAAGCAUCAUAAGUUCAUCGAAUUCUAUGAUGUGAGAGCUGCAGAGGCGGCACUCAGGGCAUUGAAUAGGAGUGACAUAGCUGGAAAACGCAUAAAGCUUGAACCUAGUCGUCCUGGUGGUACACGACGAAACUUGCUGUUGCAACUGAAUCAAGAUGUUGAGCCUGAAGAAUCUCGAUUUCGGCAACUCAUUGGUUCCCCGAUAAACAACUCUCCUCCGGGUGGGUGGCUACAGCAAUUGAACAGUCCCGUUAAAAACAAUUCAAUGCACACUUUUAGCAGAUCCCCUGGAUACAGGACGAUGAGCCCUACAACGACAAACAGCCAUCUUCCUGGAUUGGCAUCAAUUUUGAAUUCUCAAGCAUCUGUCUCACCAAAACUUGCACCGAUUGGCAAAGACUUCGGCAGGGGAACCCAUGUUGAGCAAUUGUUUGGCAGUAGUUCUGAGAAUAGAGCCAAUUUACAGCCUCCCCAUUCAUUUCCCGAGCUUAAGUCAGGGGGACAGUUAUCUGGCUCCAUAUCAUCAUUUGGUGCAUCCACUUCAAAUGGAUCUACCAUUGAGACUUUAUCUGGACCUCAGUUUCUUUGGGGGAGUCCCAAGACCGUUUCAGAAAAUUCAAAGUCAACUGCGUGGCCAGCCCACUCGGGAAAUCCCCUCUUGUCAAAUGGUCAUCGGCAUGGGUUUCCAUAUUCUAGUCAUCAUGGCCCAUUUUUAAGCUCAACCCAGCAUUAUCAGCAGCAUGUUGGAUCCGCUCCUUCUGGUUUCCAUCAUCUAGAAAGGCAUUUUGGCUUCUUUCCAGAAUCACCAGAGACAUCAUAUAUGAACCAUGGUGGUUUUAGGAGUGUAAACCGAGCUCCUAACAAUGGCAGUUACAUGAUGAAUGUUGGUCCUCGAUCGGCUUUACAUGGUGGCAUUGGAGGGAAUAUGCCUGAAAGUAAUUCCCCUAGUUUUAGGAUCAUGUCUUCACCAAGGCUUAGUCCUGUAUUUCUUGGUAAUGGUCCAUACCCUGGGCAAGUUGCUGGCUUAGAUUCUGAACGCAAUCGCAGUCGACGGAUUGAAAAUAAUAUAAAUCAGGUUGAUAGCAAAAAACAAUUUCAAUUAGAUUUGGAGAAGAUUGCAAAUGGUGAAGAUACCCGGACAACUUUGAUGAUAAAAAAUAUUCCAAACAAGUAUACCUCAAAAAUGUUAUUAGCUGCUAUCGAUGAAAAUCACAAAGGCACUUAUGAUUUUAUCUAUCUACCUAUUGAUUUUAAGAACAAGUGUAACGUAGGUUAUGCGUUUAUCAAUAUGAUGUCUCCAUUGCUUAUCAUCCCGUUUUAUGAGGCUUUUAAUGGCAAGAAGUGGGAAAAAUUCAAUAGCGAGAAAGUGGCUUCCUUGGCAUAUGCUCGCAUCCAAGGAAGGCCAGCCCUUAUCGCCCACUUUCAAAAUUCUAGCUUGAUGAAUGAAGAUAAGCGUUGUCGACCCAUUUUAUUCCAUUCCGAAGGCAAUGAAGUUGAUGAACAGAUCAUCCAAGAAAAUCUGCCUUCAAAUAGUUUUAACAUCCAGAUUUGUCCGCCAAAUGAGUCGGAGUCAGGCGAAACCUCCAGAAACAAUGGAAAAGAUGGUCUAGAAGAGAAUUCCGACAGUCUUUUAUAGAAGUGGUUAACCAUGACUACUCGACAGGCUGGUUAAUUUGUUCUAACUUUCUUGUAUAUAUGAUGAAGUGUACAAACUAGGAAGAGGUUGCUCCUAAAAGGCGAAGGAGCGUCAGUAUAACUAUAUUGUGUUUUGGAUCCGGACUCAUAGUUUUUUGCUUGAAAGCUCUGAAACCCAAACAACAGUGGUUAUGGGCGGUUUGACAGGAUAUAUGGGCGGUUAGACAGGAUAUGCGGAACCAACCAACGGCUGAAGAGCUGGAAGUAAAUAAUCGGAUCCCUUUUCUGAAUAUCUGUUUUCGAAAAAAAACUUGUGUCGGCCUGUAGGUUCAUUAGUUUUCCCGGCAAUAUUUUUCGUGUUGGGGUCUGAAGAAUUGUUUUCGUUUUUGCAAUUUCUGAGUCGGAUCAAAUUGUGAAUAUAUGGCAUCCGACACUCGGUCUGUGUUAUGGUUCAAGUGUUGAACUUUUUGAGGAUUGUGUUGGCAAUGCUUUUAUAACUUGUACAAACCUUGUAAAAUGGGGAAGGGACCAUUGUGAUGCAACUCUUGGACAUAAUAUGUAAGUAUAUAAUUUUUAAUGGUUUUCCCAUCUCUUUUUUCCUUACUGCCUCAACAAAUUCAGAAUCUCCAUUGUCCAUUGUCAUUUAUCCAGCCAACUUCUGAUUUUUAAUAAGUGUUAUAUUUC